AUGGACACCGCCUCGUUCCUGCCUCUCAGCACUGAAUCAGUACACAAAAAGGCCCCUAUUGUCAGGAUGGCUGGCAAACAGCAAAAGAAACCAUGGAUAGAAACGCCCCUGGUUGAGUCUUCCGUCUUAUCCAGGGCCGCGGGAUGUCGAGUGUUUCUCAAACUCGAAAACCUGCAGCCUGGCGGUUCGUUCAAAUCAAGAGCUAUGGGAAGCCUCAUCCUGCACCACAUCAACGACCCAGCCAACGCCAACCGAGACCUGCAUUUCUACAUCAACUCUGGCGGCAACGCCGGACUGGCCGCCGUCUGCGCGGCUCGCUCGCUUGAUUAUCCAUGCUCUGUCGUGCUGCCCAUGACCGCGUCGCGUCUCAUGGUUGACAAGCUGCAUGCCGCGGGCGCCACGCAGGUGAUUCAACACGGGGAUACCAUCGCCGAGGCUGGAGUGUAUAUGAAGAACGCGGUUAUGAAGGAGAAUACCCCUGGUAGUGGCGAAGAUGUUGUCAAGAUUGCAUUGCACCCUUUUGAUCACGAGGCGAUCUGGCAGGGAAAUAGUUCCAUUGUUGAUGAGUUGGCUUAUCAACUCCCGCCGGGAAACGACGAGGAGUCGGCAUUACCUGUUGAUGCGCUUGUAUGCAGCGUUGGCGGCGGCGGUCUGAUGAACGGUUUAAUCCAAGGUAUCGAAAGACGUCGUCGACGACAAGCCCAAAAAGAAGAUGUCAAGGACAUCCACAUCCUCGCCGUCGAAACCGACGGAACCCAGUCUAUGGCACUCGCCAUGUCUCAAAAAGCACUCGUCACACUGCCCGCAGUGACCUCAAUGGCCGUAUCACUAGCCUGUGUGCGUGUCUCGGAGAAGACGUUUGAGUACUGCAUCACGCCACCCCCGGGGAUCGCCAUUCACAGCGCUGUUCUGUCGGACGCUGAUGCGGCGAGGGGGUGUCUACGUCUAGCUGAUGAUGAGCGUAUGCUCGUGGAGUUGGCGUGUGGAGUGUGUGUUGAAGCUACCAUUGGCGAUAGGUUCAAGCAGCAACAGCAACUCAAAGAUCAGUCCAAGAGCAGCAAGAGAAAGCGAGCCCCGCUAAGUGAUGAAGGGUAUUAUGGCGAUGAACACGACAAUAUCUCUAAACCCGGCCGGUUUGAUGGCUCCUCGACCUCGCUCAUAGACAGCGCCUUUGGAUCUGAUGAAGAGGAUGACGCUACAGUGUCACCGCAGCUCUCGCAUCUCAAGCAGCUGAUUCCCAAUCUGACUCCAGAAAGCCGCGUGGUCAUUGUGGUGUGCGGAGGAAGCAACGUCACAUACGGGAUGGUAUCGGAGUGGAGGGACAAGCUGGACAACGGGUGGCUGUGA